AUGCACAGCCUGCUGGAGAGGGGACAAGAGGCCUGUGAACGGUGGCGCCGUCAGGGGAUAAGUGCAGCUGCUGCCGGCAUAGACAGUGCCGACGAUGCUGGUGGGCGACCUGAGCCUUUUGCGCUCGGACCGCGAGAUUCCAUGGAACCAGCCAGGAUAAUGUAUCGUCAAUUGGCUCUUUUCUGCUGCCGAAAGAAUGCACAUCUCGAGAUGAUCUCGCAAGUUGCACCCAUCCUCCUUCUGCGCAUUGUAUUUGUUGCUUCCGUCGCUGAGCAAGGCUUGGUACGCAGGGACGGGUCGGGUGAGAGGCUUUCCCGACGCCAUGAAAUUCAUGACGAUUUGAUGCUGGCCGAGGCUGAUGCAGAGGAAGAUCGAAUCGAAUUGGAGGCAUGGUGUCGAAGAUUCUUCGAAGAGUGUGAGGCCAGUGCUGCUGGCUCUGAGUACGGAGCGUCAGAUGCCGAGUCGCUCUUGAGCAACACGCCUUCCACCACGACGAAGGCGGAGCGCCAUGGUGCACGCCGUCGUCGAUGGAAGGCUGUAGCAGCUGCAGCUGCGGUAUUCAUGGUAGUCCUGCUAGUGGCUUGGAUGGUCUGGAAACAAGGAGGUGUACCGAAGCAGAUGUCCCAGGCAAAAGGGCAGAUCCAUGCGAUUCCGGAAUUGCAAGACUCUUUCGAAAACUGGUUCGUUCAAUCUCGGCCAGAGUCAACCUCAACGACGGCGACACCAUCAUCAUCAUCAACAACAACAACAACAGCAUCAUCAUCAACAUCAUCAUCAUCAUCAUCAUCAUCAUCUCUGCAUCAGCAUCAAGAUUCCACCAAGCCGAGCACACAGAUGCCGACGAUUGCUGGAGGCGUGACUUCUGCAGCGGUCACCACUGACACAACUACUUCAUUGACCUCUAAAGCCGUCCCCGAAGUCUGCGGUGAUCUGGGAGAAGGUCGUUUUCCUGCGGUGCCUGCUGCUGACGCAUAUGUCAAUCAGUACGACCCGCACAACCAGUUGAGGAUCGCAGCUGAUCCGCGCAGAAGCAACAACUACUUCAUAGUCAUUGGUGAUUGGGGAAAGGCUUUGGAUUCCGGGGGGCCCGGCAGUUGCCAGCUGAAAGUGGCGGAGCUGGUGAAGAGCUAUGUCCGAGCACAAAGACAGGCCGGCAAGACUUUGCUCUUCGUUGCUUCAGUCGGAGACAACUUCUAUUGGACUGGGGUCACGCCAGAGGCAUGGAAAGUGGCAUGGGCCGAGCCGUAUGGCGUCAAUGAUCAGACCUCACCGCUUUUUCAGGUUCCCUGGCUGGCAGUCUAUGGCAACCACGACUUCGGUAGCCAUGACCCAUACGCCUUUUGUCCACAUGUACAGCCGAAACAUAUUCUGGGCUUUCAGGCUUACUCGGGCAAUCAGCUCAACAAGGAUCGCAAUCCCCAUCGCCCAGAAUGGACGAGGCAGUUCUGGCUUCCCGACUACAAUUAUCACUACGAGAUCCCUGAUGCCGACUUGGAGGUCAUUGCGGUUGACACAAAUGGUGCCGUGGAUGCCAACGGCCAGCUCCUAAUGGAUGGCGCGAUUGGCGGAGACGCGAGAGGUCGGCGGUGUGCUGACCAUCUUUGCGGAGGUCACAACGUUUCCCAAGACUUCUUGCGCAAAGUCGCACGAGCUGGUCAAGAACUCGUAAGAGAGCGGGCCAAGAAGAACACCGUUGGCACAGUUCUGCUCAUCCAGCACUAUCCGGGCCUUUGCCCACGAGCCAUUUUUGAAUUAGCGCUACCGCCUGCACGCAGAGGGAAGCUUUCUCAGAUCAGGGAGCGGGCUGCGGCUAUGGCUCUCACCAUCGACCUGGAGUCGCUCCCAGUCCUGAUCGUCCCGGGCAAGCACAGGCUCCUUCUGAAGGACUUACAACAUGUAAGAAUACAGGCUUCCGGCAAUCGGAAGGAUUGGCAAACGAUGUAUGUGACGGAGACUGCCAUGUUGCGUCAGUACCUCAACGAGGCUCCUGACAAGAAGUCUUGGAAGCCUCCGCUGAGCUCGUGCCGAAUUGGCUUCAACGACAAAGGAGUCUUCCUGCAUGAGGAUCAUGUCAAGCGAUACUUUGGUUUGCUCGAGAGCGCCGCACGACAUCUGGUGCCUGCAGUUGAGACGCAAGAGGCAAUCCCAAAGUAUUACCGGAGCGAGAAUUGCCACGAAAUGAUGGACUCCCUUGCGGCCAAAGUGCAAACAGUUACUGACGAUAUGAGGAAGCAGGUGGUGCAGUCCACAUUCCGUGCUGCUGACACCAAUGGCAACGGCACCCUCAGCAGGCACGAGAUUGGUUCGCUCAUGCGGCGGCUUGCGGUGUCGGUGACAGCCCAGGAGAUAGACACCUUGAUGAAGGAGGCGGAUGUGAAUCGGGAUGAUCAGAUUGACUACGAAGAAUUCGCGACAUGGAUGCUGAUAACCAGACGCGGGUUGAUCAGCGCCAAGUUGACGGAGGAUCUAGGCAGUGCCGCCGACAUCGUCAGGGCAUCGUUCCGAGUCUGGGAUUCCAACGGCAAUGGCUUGAUUUCCAAGGCCGAAGUUCGGAAGUUGUUGCUGCAAGCAUGCAAGAUGAAAGCAAAGGAUGUUGAGAUUCUGGCAGAAGUCAUGGACACCGAUGACGAUGGUAAGAUCGACUACGACGAGUUUGUGAGUUUUCUUUUUCCUCGGAGCGAGUGA